UCACACCACGUCCUGCUCAAAAGCCCUGCGCGCCGCAACCUGCCCUCACUUGGCUGCGAGGCCUUCAGGAGGCAGUGGCUGGUGCUGCUCUGCUGGGGCUGCCGCUGUGCUCUUGAGGAGCUGCCUUGCAGGAAGGAGCCAAAGGCACUGGGAAGCAGCGUCCCCGCGUGGGACAGUUCCUGGUGACGAGUGGAGGAGGGCCGGAGCGAGAUGGAGGCCAGGAGUGCUCCCAUCCUGUGCAACGGCCGCCUCAUGUGUCCAACACUCAUGCACCUCCCGGACGACGGGAUUGUGAAAGUUUGGGAUGCAGUAUCCCACUUCAUCCGCAGGCAGUUCGCAUUGAACAAGGGCGUCACAAUACCUGGCCUGGGUGCCUUCUUUGCUGUUAAACAGGAGCGGCCCAUGGCAGGCUUUAAGCUCCUUGAUGUAAAGAUGCCCAUCUUCCAGGUUUCGGAGUACUUUGCCAAUGUUCAUGGACUGCCAUAUAAGAAAGAAACUUUUCCUGGUGUACCUCCAUUUGUUUUCCUGAAUUAUGCCUGGCUGUCCUUGGACACCGGCAUUCCUCGGGACACCGUGCAGCGCUGCAUUCAAGAGACCCUGCUCUUUCUCUCCUACACCCUCGCAAAGAAGCAGGGUGUUGAUUUCAUCUUCAAGGACAUUGGCUGUCUGGUCUUCCGCAAGAGCAGAGUCCAAAUGCAGUUUUCCUCGGACUUUGUUCACAACCUGAAUAGCAACGGCCAGCUGCUGAAAUCUCGCCUCAGUAGGACAGGGACCAUGGAUUUGGCCACACUGGAGAGGAAAAGCAUCGUCCUACAUCCAGCGUCUGGAGGUGUCAUCGUCUUUCCCAGGAUUGGCCUCUACAUACCUCGUGGAAGAGCUGCAGGGGAAGGGCCUCUUCAAGCACCCAAGGGGCGUGCUUUGGAAAAGAAGGGAGACGCAAGGGUGGAGGGAGAGUCUAAGAGAACAGGGGUGCCUCCUGCUAUUAAGAGCCAGCUGCUCACACGCCAGAGUCCUUCUCUACCCAGACUCUCCAGGGCGACUGGGGAGGCAAAGCUGGGCCAGGCUGCUGGGGAAAAAGAGCCUUCUCCCAGGCUGCGUACAGCACGUCAGGAGAGCUCCUCAAAGAUGGCAGAAGAGGGGAAGGGCAAGCGCUCUGCUGCGGCCUGGCCCCAAACUCAAGCCCCUGCCUGUGAGGCUCAACGGAGAGCAGGACAGGAAAUAUGCUGCCUGUACAGGCAAGAAGAUGAAAGAACUCUGCAGGCAUCGCUGGCUGAGGAGCAGCUGAAGAAAGAACGGGAGAGACAGCACAUGUGGGAAAAGUGCAAGGGUCGUGGCGAAAGGAAUGGGAGAGAGAGUAUCUGGCAGAAGACGCAGACGGAAAUGCAGAGGCUGCAGACAGAGAGUGCUUCCUCCAUGGCACUUGUGGAACUGAAAAAGUCUCUGCAGAUGGUACCAGUGGAUAUGAAGCAGCAGCACGUCCUCAUCCCUCACCCCCCCGAGAAGAAGGCUGAGGCAGCUCCUCUGAGCAAAUCAAGCACCAACUGCCUUUCGGUGCGGAGUGUGCGGGUGAGGAAACAGCUGGAGAAGAGAAAGGAGGCCCUGCAGAAAGACAAGACCAAGAGCAGAGCUCCGAACAUCCCUGGGAAUUCUGCAGAGGAUCUUCUGAUCUGCGUUGGUGAGAAAGUCCCUGUGCUUCCAGUGCCGAAGAUGACACGAGCAUCAGGGAAACCAGCGCGGACCCCUCGCAGCUGUGAGCAGCUGUCAGCCCAAUAAAGACUGUUGCUUCCUGCUGGAGGGACCAGCACGGGCUUUGUAGUGUUCUGAUUUCACACAAACAGAGCAUGGUUGAGGUUGGGAGGUACCUGAAGAGGUCAGCUUGGCCAACCCCCUGCUCAAACAGGGCCACCCAGCACCAGUGUCCAAGGACCAUGCCCUGUGCAGAUGGCUUUCAAGUAUCUCCCCUUG